UCCAACCGAAGGGAGACGGAGCAAGAGAGAGGGAGAAAGCUGAGUGGCGAGAAGACGCUCUCAGAUCAGUCAGUGGCUUCAUGGAGUUAUGUACCUCUGAUCCGCCGCCAUGGAUUGCAAUCCGCGAUCGCUCCUUUUCAUUUUACCUCUUUUACUGUCCUGCGUUAUUCCUGCGUUUCCCAUCAUCUACCCCCCCAAUGAAGUCAACCUGUUAGACUCUAAAGCAAGCCAAGGGGAAUUAGGAUGGAUUUCCUACCCAUCGCAUGGGUGGAGGGAAAAUUGGGAGGAGAUCAGUGGGGUGGAUGAGCACUACACUCCCAUCAGGACCUUCCAGGUCUGCAACGUGAUGGAGUACAGCCAGAACAACUGGCUUCGCACCAACUGGAUCCCUCGCCAGUCAGCCCAGAAGAUCUACGUGGAACUGAAGUUCACCCUGAGGGACUGCAACUCCAUCCCGUUGGUCUUGGGCACCUGCAAGGAGACCUUCAACCUCCUCUAUCUGGAGACAGAUGAUGACCAGGGCAGCCACUUCAGAGAGCACCAGUUCUCUAAGAUUGACACCAUCGCCGCUGAUGAGAGUUUCACCCAAAUGGACCUCGGCGAUCGAAUUCUCAAGCUGAACACUGAGGUGCGCGAGGUGGGUCCAAUGACCAAGAAGGGCUUCUACCUGGCGUUCCAGGACGUGGGAGCCUGCGUAGCUUUAGUUUCAGUGAGGGUUUACUUUAAGAAGUGCCCGUACACUGUGAGGAAUCUGGCCUCCUUCCCUGAUACGGUGCCCAUGGACUCCCAGUCGCUGGUGGAGGUCAAAGGCUCAUGUGUCAAUCACUCCAAAGAGGAGGAGCCUCCACGAAUGUACUGCAGCACAGAGGGGGAGUGGCUCGUGCCUAUUGGGAAGUGUCUAUGUAACCCGGGGUACGAGGAGAGAAGCAACACCUGCCAAAUGUGCAGGGCAGGCUUCUACAAAUCUACGCUUGGGAAUAUGGAGUGUGCAAAGUGUCCGCCUCAUAGUUUCUCUCACCAUGAGGGGUCGCUGCACUGUGGCUGUGAGAAAAACUACUUCCGUGCUGAGGGAGACCCUGCCUCCAUGGCCUGUACCCGUCCUCCUUCAGCACCUCGAAAUGUGAUCUCUUCCAUCAACGAGACUUCAGUUAUCCUAGACUGGAGCUGGCCCGAGGACAGUGGUGGUCGCAGGGACAUCACCUUCACUGUCCUCUGCAAACGCUGUCGUGGUGUUGCUGCUAAUGGCAGCAAUGGUGGGAGCCAGCGUUGUGAGCCUUGCCGGAGCAAUGUUCGCUUUCUGCCAAGAGCCAAGGGCCUCCACAACACCACAGUGACGGUGGCCGAUCUGCUAGCCCACACUAACUACACGUUUGAGAUUGAAGCGCAGAACGGUGUGUCAUCGCUGGCACCCAAGAUGAGGCAGUACGCCGCCGUCACCAUCACCACCAACCAAGCCGCUCCCUCCCCGGUAACAGUAAUCAGAAAGGAGAAGACGUCUCGAAACAGUGUCUCCCUGUCCUGGCAGGAGCCUGAAAGACCCAACGGCAUUAUCCUCGACUAUGAGAUCAAAUACUAUGAAAAGGAGGAGCAGGAGACCAGCUACACCAUCCUCCGUGCUCGGGGUUGUAAUGUGAGUCUGAAUGGUCUGAAGCCCAACACAGCCUACCUGCUGCAGAUCAGAGCUCGCACCGCUGCCGGAUACGGAGCCAGCAGCCCCAGCUUCCAGUUUGAGACCAGCCCUGACUCAGCCUUCUCCAUCUCCAGUGAGAGCAGCCAGGUUGUUCUGAUCGCCAUUUCCUCUGCCGUGGCCAUCAUCCUGCUCACAGUGCUGCUCUACGUCCUGAUUGGCAGGUUUUGUUGCCGCAGCAAAUCCAAACAUCCUGAUGAGAAAAGACUGCACUUUGGCAACGGCCACUUGCGUCUGCCUGGUAUCAGGACCUACGUAGACCCCCACACAUAUGAGGACCCGAGUCAGGCUGUGCACGAGUUUGCCAAGGAGCUGGACGCCUCCUGCAUCGCCAUUGAUAAAGUGGUGGGAGCAGGUGAGUUUGGCGAGGUAUGCAGUGGUCGCCUGAAGCUGCCCAGCAAGAAGGAGAUCUGUGUGGCCAUCAAGACUCUUAAAGGAGGAUACACAGACAAACAGAGGAGGGACUUCCUCGCUGAGGCGUCAAUCAUGGGACAGUUUGACCACCCCAACAUCAUCAGGCUGGAGGGGGUUGUAACACGCAGUAAACCCGUCAUGAUUGUCACAGAAUACAUGGAGAAUGGAUCCCUGGACAGUUUCUUGAGAAAACAUGAUGCCCAGUUUACAGGCAUCCAGUUGGUUGGCAUGCUGCGUGGCAUCGCCUCGGGCAUGAAAUAUCUGUCAGACAUGGGCUACGUUCACAGAGACCUGGCAGCUCGGAACAUCCUGGUCAACAGCAAUCUGGUGUGUAAAGUGUCAGACUUCGGCUUGUCUCGAGUCCUGGAGGACGACCCGGAGGCUGCUUACACCACCAGGGGAGGUAAGAUCCCCAUUCGGUGGACAGCUCCAGAGGCUAUUGCCUACAGGAAGUUUACAUCAGCCAGCGAUGCUUGGAGUUAUGGCAUUGUGCUGUGGGAAGUGAUGUCAUAUGGGGAACGGCCCUACUGGGAGAUGUCCAACCAGGAUGUAAUAAAGGCUGUAGAUGAGGGAUACCGCCUCCCCCCACCCAUGGACUGCCCUGCUACCCUCUACCAGCUGAUGUUGGACUGCUGGCAGAAAGAGAGAAACAACCGGCCUAAGUUUGAACAGAUCGUUAGCAUCCUGGACAAACUCAUCCGCAACCCUGGUAGCCUCAAAAUCACGGCCAACACCACAUCCAGGCCAGCCAACUUGUUAUUGGACAGGAGCAGUUCAGAGGUUCCCUCGAUGGGGACGGUGGGUGACUGGAUGGAUGGAAUGAGGACCUUGCCCUGCAAGGAGGCCUUCUCUGGGGUCAGCUACAGCUCCUGUGACACCUUGGCCAAGACCUCCACAGAUAGAGUGGUUCUGACGGAGGUCCACAUCACACCGGCCACUUGCCCAGAAUGGGAGCCGUCCAUGGGAAUCACCACUCUCUAACGCCCAGCUCCUCUCCGCCUCCUCAGGCUCUGGAUGGGAUCUGAAAAAGGUUGGAGUGACUAUCGUAGGACCGCAGAAGAAGAUUGUGAGCAGCCUCAAAGCCCUAGAUUCCCACACCAAGAAUGGCCCAGUACCUGUUUAAAAAAAUGAACCCAACAAAUAAAAACACCAGAGACCUGUCUGUCGGUGUGGUUGCUAAUCACAGUCUAAGAGGCUUCAAAUUAAAACUGGAUACGCAUGGAAAUGGAGGAAAAAUAUAUGAUUCAAAUGGGGGCUUUCAUUGUUUCAUUGAGAGACGGUAUCAAGUCCUGACAGAGAAGCAGAAAGAGCUCAGUGCAGACCUGCCAGCUAGUUAACUGGCUGACUCUUCAACCCUCCGUCCCUCCAAGCCCAUGUUGAGAUGCCUUACAGACAAAUAGGGGGGUAGAGAGCGCAGACAAAAGCCAAGGAGGGCAGUGAGACCUGGCCAGGGAUACAAACUGAGACUGGACUGGGAUACAGGGCAACGACUGGACUAACAUAAAGCCGGGGCUCUCCGAUAUUGGCUAAGCUGGAUAGCAUAGCCUUCCCUUUACAGCUAAAAGGAGACGGGCAUGCUCACACUCUCCUCCCACCAUGCCUGACUAGCAGCCUGUGGAAGGAGGCGGGGGAAACGGCUGAGAUGCCUUGUGAAGAAGAGCAUGGCAGACAGCAGCAGCUCACCAGGAUGUGGACCCUUCCUGUACUAAUGAGGUCUGAGGCGUGAGAUUUUGUUGUAUCUACCUACAUUUACUGUCUCUAUCCAUGAGAUAACUGAGUUGGUAUGGACACACCUAGACGAUAAGCGAGCCAUUUUACUCUGUAGCUCUAACCUAUAGCAUUUGCAUUCAGUAGACAUGUCACAUAAAAGCAAUAAUUAUGAUAAUCAAUUAAAUAGUCUCAUUGUAUGGAAGCCAUGAGUCUGUCACAUGUACAAUGUAUUGAACGCUGUGCUUUGAAGGUACAGGGGCCAUAACACACUUCACACACAGAAUUUUCUUUAUGGUGACAUAUAUGUUCUAUGUGCUUAUGAACAGAUAUUGUACAGUUAUAGUGCUGUUCCCUCAACCCAAUGCCCUUUGUGUGAAAUCUCAGGAUGUAUAUGUUAUUCAUACUAUUUUCUCUAACAAGGGGAAACAGACAGCGAGAACGGAGCAGAGCCAGGAAUUGAGAGUACAGCUUAAGAAAGACUGGAGCAAGAGAGAGAGAAAUUGAUAAGAGGAAAAAGAGAACUUAAAGAUGAAGUGGUGUCAUUCAGGCUUCUGCUUCAGACAUUCUUGUUGUGUUGCGGAAGUGUUUUAAACUAGAAGUGAGUUUGUACUUGAGUUUCUUAUUUAGGUAAGACAUCAUCAACCCCAUACAACAUCCGGUAUCACUUUCUUUCUAAUGAGCAGGAUUUGUUCUCUGUGUACAACCAGUUCAGAAGGUUGAGAUCAACACUGCUGAUCUGAGGGUGUUGUAGUCCCUUUGCUUUGGUUCAAAUCCAUAACAUAUUGACAAAAGCAGACAUUUGCUGUAAAAAAAAGAACUUCUAGUAUAAAAUUUGCUCUUAAUCCAUAAAUCCUGGUGUGUUUAAUGCAAAAAGAGUGCCUCCUCUAGCUGGGUUGGAUCAUGGUGGGAUCAUCAAGCAAAAAAUUCUGAUUAAUUUUAUUAAUUUUCAACAAAGUCUUGGUGUUUUUUCUGUGUUUUCAUAGGGUCAUGGGGUUUUUCAUCACUGCCCUAAAUUAACAAGGUGUGAAAAUGCCCUGAAAGAGAUGCAACACUUCCAAUAAAUGAUUGCUUUCUGAGAUAGUAUCCUAGUACAUCAUAUGUCCAGGAUGGGAUUUCCUAAAGGCACCUUAGAAAUUAGAUGAUCUUUGUACUACGAAGAACAGAAGAAUUAUAAAGAUUUUAGCCUCCUGCUUUGAUGUCACCCAGUCAAUCCCUCAGUGCAUCACAUACCCAGUAUUUCUAAACUGGUACUUUGGUGCUAUGUGUUGUUGGAUGGGUAAUAUUUAACUACAAGGGUGCUAUCUUUAAGCUUCUUCCAAUCACUUAGUACACAAUAUUUGAGCACUUUGAAUGGAAAUGUUAUUGCCUUGGCUAUGGACUAAGCUUAUCUAAUGGAAAGGCGUGAUUUUGGUGCUUUUGGGAAACCCAGUCCCUGUGUGUCAGUCGGUCCUCUGUUACUUGGUCUACCUGUGGAUGCUGCUGUUGCUGCUAUGUGUUCUAAUUAGCAUGUACAUAAUGUAAACCAUCGUACUGAUAGCAACUAGCGCUACAGAUCCCACUAUAUGUACAUGGCCAUCCUUCUUUGUACAAAUGUUUGUAUGUAUAAUAGAAUAAAUAAAAAUUGUGCAUCAUUUUAAUUAAAAAAGAGACAAAAAUCAUCUGUAUUAUAUUUUAUCUUAUUUUGAAUUAUAUUUGUCUGCUUUGUUUCUUUCUUUUCUACAAUAAAAAGGCAAUUAUGAUUACGUUAUUAUUUAUUUGUUAACAUUAUACAACGCAAUGUUGAUGGGUUUUUUGUAGCAUACAGUAAAUUAUGUGUCAGUGCUAUCUGUGUUUUGGUUUUUGACUUACUUUAUAAACCUGGGACAUCUGAGAGAGCAAUACUGUUAUGCACCCUAUAUCCAGAUCCCUCAUUUUCUGUCUCAAGACUGACCCGUGUGUCUGUGUGAGAGUUUACGUGUGCAAAUGUAGAUGGCCUUGUCUACUAAUGUAAAAUGAUUUGUAGUGGAAACAUUUAUAUUUUUAUAAUAAAUAUUCGCAAAAUAUUUUCCAAAAAAUGGA